AUGCAACCUAAAAAGUACAUCAAGAUCAAUGGCGUCAUGAAGAUGAACCCCGAAUACAAGCGCUGGAAGGAAAUGCAAAGCGGUGGUCGUACUCCUGCUACGACGGUUGCGAACUCGUCUCAGGCGUUGCCCAUCAUCACGAAUAUGGAAGAGCACGAGGCGUUUAAUGCCGAUAUUCUUGCUGCCGGAGGAAAGGAGGUUCGACUGGCCGAGUCCACCAACGCUACCAUUGAAAUGAUGCAAGAACCUGAAAUUUCUGUCGAAGCGGGAAUGUCCCCAGACACAAUGGUCGAUGAACUAGGUGCCAUUUUGAACAAAUAUGAAGUGCCGAUGGGUUUGAUGAACAAACUGAUGAUGCUCAGCGAAUAUCAAGUCUUGGAGUUUAUGAUUGACGACUCUGGUAGUAUGACGUUGACGUCCGACACGGUUGACGAAUAUGGUCGCCCCCAAACUCGUUGGGCCGAAGCCCACAAGCGCUUGAAGGAAAUGAUUGAAAUUCUGGCAUAUGUUCCGUUCAAUCAAGUGGAAAUCGUCUUUUUGAAUCGACAAGAUCGUGUGUCGCUCACCCGACAAGGACGGGACCCCAAGACCUUUUUGAGGGAUGCCUUCCAAAGAAUUGAUGCCGCCUUUGCCCGAUCAGCCUCAGGAACCACACCAGCCUUGGAAAAGAUUCGAAAUUCACUUCAAGCCAAUCCAAACAUGAGCAUUGCCCGCUGGUUCUUUGGAGAUGGUGUCCCGAAUGGCGGUAUGAUGGCCCAAAAGGAGAUUACACGCAUGCUGGUCCAACGUCCCAACCCCGAAGGUAAUCCAAUGACUUUUAUCAGUUGUACCAAUGAGGAUGAUCAAGUCGAAUGGAUGAAGGACGCUGAAGAAGUGGCACCCUACUGUUCCGAGUCUGAUGAUUUCAGAGACGAAGCGGCCGAAGUCAGUAGAGAUCAAGGUAUGGCUCUGCCAUUUUCAAAGGGAUUCCAUUUGAUCGCGCAGUUGGUAGCCGCCAUGAACCCAGAUGAUUUGGAUGCCAUGGAUGAGUCGGUGCCAUUUACCAAGGGUGUAUUGGACAAUUUGUUGGGCAUUGAACACGAUGAGCAAUCCUACCGACACUAUUUCAAUUGCUUUAUUGAAGCGCAAAAUAUGAGACGUGUGGAAGGACCGUCGGAUCAACUGAAAAAGAGUGUCCGAUGGAACUACGAAGACUUUUUGCAUGCACCCGUGGCUCGCAACAUUCCAGCAGUCCAAGAUUUCAAGACCAAGUUAGCACGGUUGGGUGGAUGA